CUCGAUUUCAUAUAUAUAUCUUAAUUUCCCAUUUCUGCAAAAAAAUCCCUUUUUAUUCUAACCAUUUUGUGAAGCUAUUCAUUUGCACAAAAAUCUUAAAUGGCUUCUUCAACUAAUGUUCGUAAAGAAAUUAGUCGUCUCUAUAACGUGAACUCUGGAAUCACGGAUGAAGAAUUUAGUGGCUUAUUGGCUUAUAUCGUUGUCAACCCUAAUAAAGUAGCCGAUAUUGAAGAAUGCCUUAAAUACGGAAAUGAUAGAGUUAGGCUUAGAUACUUGAGAACAUUGUUAUCUUCUAAGCAAUCAGCUGCUGGACAAGGUGAUUUUCCUAAUUUAGAUUCUCUGAAAAAUAUAAUUAAGGAAGUCGUCAAAGAUGAAGUGAAGGACAUCAAAAAUGACGUGAGGGAGAUCAAAAAUGAAGUGAGGGACAUCAAAAAUGAAUUGAGCGGCCUUGGUUUUAAAAUAGAGCAGGAUUUUAAUAAACUAAUUCGUGCUAUGGAUAGCAUCGAUCUAUUCACUAGGUUUUUUGAAAAAAUGACAAGAGGAUAUUCAUUAGAACAAGAUUUAAGAUUAUUAGUAAAUAAUCCAAAGUAUAGUGAUAUAGAAAUUUUAUGUGAAGAUGGAAAGAAAUUACACGGUUGUAGAGCAAUUUUAGCAGCAAGAUCCGAAGUAUUUGAUAGAUUAUUUUAUAAUGGAAUGAAAGAAAGUUAUGAAAACAAAAUUUCUUUUCCAAAAAUUAAUUCUGCUGGAAUGGAAAUUAUAUUAGAAUAUAUUUAUCAGGGUAAUCAACCUACUGGAUGGGUAUUUGGUUCCGGUUGUCUUUACAAUCCUGCUAGUGGAUUUUAUUAUUGUCCGUCAUUUCACGAAGAUGGUGCAAGAAUUACAGUUUAUUUAGAUAUGAACAAAAGAACUUGUGCUUUUACAGUCAAUGGUAAAAAGUAUCGGGAAGUAUCAGAAUGA